ACGGCAAACGUCCGCUCGAAUCAAUUCCCACUGUAUUUUAUAACAGUGGUGAUUCGAAAAUGAGGAAAAUUACUCUCGCCGACGGGGAAGGAAUAUAAUCGUUAAAACGUGAUAGCCGAUAUGCCAACUAAACCCAAGCUGGCCGUGAAAACCGGCAGCGAGGAAACGCGAGAAAGCACAUCCGUCUCCCUUCUGUCGGCAUGCGGUAAUGACGCCUUGUCCCAUCCCAGUGCUGUUGGAUCAUAUUCAAAUUUGCUAUCGCAUCAGCGGUCGGGGGGUGCGGAUAAUGGAAUGGAUUUACGCGCUGCACCGGCGGAUCAUGCAACGGUGUCGAAAAAACAGAGCCGUCGCAAUCGGACGACCUUUACGACGGCGCAGCUGAAUGCGUUGGAGAAGGUGUUUGAAAAGACGCACUAUCCCGAUGCAUUUGCCCGGGAGGAAAUCGCCAGGAAAGUUAAUCUUUCGGAAGCUCGAGUUCAGGUUUGGUUUCAAAAUCGGCGAGCCAAAUUCCGGCGCAACGAAAAAUCGGGGGCUUCCAGUUGUGCUAAAGCCUACUCACCGGAUGUCAAAAUGGAGUUACCGGAUUUCGAAUCACGGACGCAUGACUCAAUGUCACGGAGUGCCUUACCCAUGCGCCAACCGCGACACUGUGCGGAAUACGACUUUGAUGCCGUGUCCCCGCCACCUCUCUUUAACAUGCCCACCUAUUCCGCAGCACCCGUUAAUACUCCUCACCGGCCUACCGUCCUCGCUCAUUCUUCCCCUAUGGACAGCUAUCUAGCCAAUCAAUGGUCCAGUAAUGCUUCCCAUACCAUGUUUUGGUACAAAUAGCCAUUUUGCAUGGUCCAUUACUGAAGUUGUACUCGUAAUAGUGAUAACACUUUCCCUUCCGUUGUUCGUGUUUUUUCCACAUUUAUCCGCUUAUCCGUUCCUUUGGUGUAGCAAGCAAAAAUUUUAAAUUGAGUGCCCAGUUGACAAAUGUCCCGGAUUGAUUGCAAGGAGUGUUAUUGGAAGCCAAUGAACACUUGAGUAUGUUUUCAUUGCCGAACUGAUAUGUCAUUUUGACACAGAUAUUAUUAUGACACGCUUUUAAG